GUAAUACACCUGUCGCACUCAUCAACUCAAUACACUUACAGCUAAAGAAGAAUCUAACCACUGAUAUUUAUCAAGUGUCUAUAUCUACUUAAGUAGGUAUGUCUGGAAUUGAACAUAUGGAUUUAAGCAUCACCACAUCGGAAGAAACCAGGUUCAUGAAUAAGCAUCUUAAUUUAAUCAGAACAAUGUCUAACAAGUAUAAAUCCUCUUUUCACGAGGUAGCGGGUCUGGUAAUAAUAUACUACAAAUUUCAAAUUCAACCCGAUGGAAGUGAAAAAGGCAUGACAAAAAGACAAUUCAUAAAUUUUCUACACAAUUCGUUAGAUAUAACUGAUGAGAAAUUGAGAAGACACAUUCUUUCUGCCAUAGAAGUUAACCGUCAUCCUACGCCCAUCUUAACAAUGAAAAGUUGGCUAUCUGUAAUGUUAAUUUUUUUAAAUGGAGAACUGAAGAGUAAAGUUAAUCAUUGCUUUAAGGUUUAUGAUGUAUUUCAAAAUGGUUCAAUAAGCAAGCGAAACAUGGAAUAUUUUCUAGAAGAUGUAUUUAUUGGAGAGAAUACUGAAGAUUCACGGGAUAUAAAACUAGAGUUUGUGGAUAUGUUGCUUAGAAAGCUAGACGUGGAGGGCAAUGGAGAAAUUUCUCGUGAAAAUUAUGAAAGUUUCGCACUUGAAAAUCCAUUGGGAAUGGAGUUACUUGGACCCUGUUUACCAAGUAGAUAUGCUAUUCGUGGAUUUUUGAGCACAUUUCACCCAUUCGUUAGGAAUGUUCGUUGAAUCAAAUCAGCAGCUGGUGGACUCGUCACUUUAGUUUAUGGUUCUGAAUUAGGUACCCACCUGUAUUCAAUGUUAAGGUUACAUGGUUAAGAUUAUUUUCUAUUUAUAUUCAUUUACUUGUUAUUACCUAUACCUAUACUUUAUGUAUCACACUUA